ACAAAAAUAUUUGGCUAUUUUGAACUUGGCGAUUUCGUGUGGGAACCCCCAAAGUAGUUUGUUCCCAAAAUAAUUAUGAAAAUCCAAGAGAUUAAUGCUAAAUCGCAACAAUUAUCAAUAAGAAAAUUGGAAAUUAAAAAAACUAGUAAAAAUAAAGAUUGCAUAAUUUAUGCAGGAUAUGAUUAUAUCUUCCAUAAAUAUGGAAAGAACGCUAUAUAUUACACAUGCAGAAGAAGAUGUGGAGGAAGAGCUAAAUUUAGUAAUACUGAAUUUAGUAUCACUGUAAAACAUUUAGAAACAUGCAAGCCAAUUCAAAAUGAUUCUCUAAGUCUAACCUCUGACUUUCAAGGUCCAUCUAUGAAACUCCCUGUUCAAGAUGAUUCUCUAAGUCUAACCUCUGACUUUCAAGGUCCAUCUAUGAAACUCCCUGUUCAAGAUGAUUCUCUAAGUCUAACCUCUGACUUUCAAGGUCCAUCUAUGAAACUCCCUGUUCAAGACUUUGAUUGCCCUAAGAAAAGAUAUAUAUCGAUAUCAACACAAACUGACAAUGCUCUAUUAAUGGACGCCUCUACACAGACAAAUAUAUCAUUAUUUUCACCAACAUCAAAUGUAUGCACUGCAGAAUGCCAAACUCUUAAUCUACAAGUUUUGGACAUCACAAAUAGUCCAAUUAUGAACCCAGAGGUAAUGGAAGAAAUAGAUGCCCAUAACAGAAUUAUCAAUAGUCCAACUAUCAUUCAAAACAAUCAAUAUAGUUUUAUAACAUCAAAAAACAACAAAAAAAUGAUAUAUUAUAACAAAUAUUUAUACAGCCAUGAUUUCGGCGACCUAUAUUACAAAUGCCGAAAGAAUACUUGUAAGGGUAGGGGUAAAUUUGGGUCACAUUUUACUGUGACCCAAACACAUAACCACCUCGAUGAUGAGGAGUAUUACCACUUUCUUGUAACAAUAAAUCUUCUAAAAGACCAAAUAAAUAUAGAUACUCAUUUGAGUAUUCUAAAAAUUUAUCAAAAAGUCAUGAGGACAAGAAAAUUAGAUUUAUAUUGUAUAAAUCAUCCAAAGACUUUGCCAACAUUUUUGGCGGUGAAAUCUAUAAUGGGUCGAGUUGUUCAGUCAACUAGACCUUCAUUCCCUAUAAAUAAUUCCAGUAUUAUUUUACAUGAUGAACACAAAUUAACAAUUGAUCGGAGACAGUUUUUACUUUUUAAUAGUGAAGAUAAUAAAAUAUUUAUUUUUACAACUUAUAAACUUUUAUCACGCCUAUGUUUGGCUGAAAAAAUUUUUUUAGACGGUACUUUUAAUGCCUCUCCUAAAUUAUUUAAACAAUUUUAUACUAUCUCUAUUUUAAUUAAUCAUACUUUAAUUAUUUGUGUAUAUAUUUUAUUGCCAGAUAAAUAUAAAAAUACUUAUUUAAAUAUGUUUUUAUUAUUAAAAAUCAUUGUUUAUCUUUAGGGUUAUUUUUUUCCCCCCGUUUGCCACUAUUGAUUUUGAAAUUGGCGUAUACUUAGCCCUUAAAGUUGUUUUUCUCACUAUUAUAGUUAAGGGCUGUUAUUUCCACUUCUGUCAGUGCGUUAUUAGGCGCAUUCAAGAUAGUCAUCUAACCCGACUAUUUAGACAAAAUAUUGAAAUAAAAAAAUUUUUUCGAAUUAUAAUGGCCAUUCCUUUUUUGUUAGAAAGGGAUGUGCAAUUUUUAAUUAACGAUCUUCGGCGACAAGCUGAAGUUUUUAGAAUAAAUUCAAUACAUGAUUUUUUAAACUAUUUUGAAAAUACUUGGAUUAAUUUUAAUGCAAAAUUUAAAUAUCAAAUGUGGAAUACAUUUGAUAUUAGGGGCGUGAGGACGAAUAACCAUGUAGAAGGGUUUCAUCGUUCAUUAAGGGAAUACAUUCCUUAUUCGCAUCCUAAUAUUUAUCUCUUUAUUGACACCAUAAAAAUUAUAGAACAAGAUAUGGACUUGAAAUUAAUCCAAUUAGAUGAUGGCAGAAAGGUUACGGAAAGAAAAAAAAAAUAUUGUAUAUUAGACGAUAAAAUUAAGGAAAAUAUAAUACUAUACUGUGGAGGUUUUUUUACCCCUAUAGAAUAUUUGGAAAAAAUAUCAAAAUUUUUAUAUUCAAAAAAAUCAAAUCACUCUAAUUUUUCUGCCAUUGUCUAACUAUAUUGUUUUAUAUUGUCAAUAAAGGAUAACAUUACUAUUAAUCCGAGUAUUUAUAGUCGGGUUUGACAGAGGUGGUAUACGUCAUUUUCAAAAUUUAUAGUUUUUAAUUUUUUUUUACAUAUACCUUAUCAUAUUGUUUCGUCAUCGACAUUUUAUUUAUAUAGUUAACACGCACUAAACCAUUUUUAAUAAAUUUCCAUACCAUGUUUUAAUCAUAUUUAUAUAGCGCUAUACUAAUAUGUUAACUUAUUAUAAUCGCAAUGGAAAUAUAUUAUUUUUAAUAUUGUUUACAAAAUAUAUACUAUAUAUUUAAAAUUUUUUAU